ACAAAAUCGGUCAUGUUUUCCUUCUGGUUUGUCGACAUUGUUAUCUCCCCUUGUCACAAUCAGGGGACAUAAUUCAACACAAUGACAAGUGCAAGCCCAAGUUUCCCAGUUAAAACAAAACAGACAAGUGAGUUAAUUGGUGGUCACAAUACACAGAUUCUCUGUAGCCAUUUCAGUGAUAAGCUAUUUAUAAUAGUCACACAGCUAAACAAGAUUGGAAAUUUGAUUGAAGUACAAAGAGAUGUAGUGUUAGAUGAAGAAGCAGGGAGACAACCCAUGUAUUCUACACGAAUUCUACUAGGUGUUGAUGAGCCAUUGACCCAUGUUCUUGCCAAAAAUCUACUCUCCAAAAUAGACAGCACAAAGCCAGUGGUGCUUGGAAUGUCAUUACAAGACACAUCAAGAGAUACAGUAGUUGCUAUUAGUAAUAUAGUCAAAACUGUUGUUACUGGUACCUAAAUCAACAUGAGGAUGAUGGUACCCGCUAUACACCAGCUACUACCAGUGGACAUCUUAAUGGUAGUCAGUCUGUGAGUCAGACAGGAAUCCCCUCUAUAUGAACUAUUACAAAUAACCAAUUACAACUAUGAAAUGGCUAAUUGUAUGAUAAGUGAUUGUGUUCUAAAUUACUGAAUAGCUGUACAAAAACACAUUUAUCUGAUAAAGUUAUCUUUCUUAGUACAGUUUUAUCCAACAAUAAAGUUUUAAAGUGUA